GUCCGGGUACCUGUCUGCAGACAGAGAUGCCCGGAAAUGGACGGCCGGAGGAGGGUUUAACCGACCUUCCGGAACCAUCACCACUGAAAACCCCACCACCUCUCACCGAGUCCGGAGCCAAGCGCUGGCUAGCGGCCAUUGACCAAUGCCAGUUGAGCCAGUUGAGCUCAGUUGAGCUGUGACAGCCAGCCGUUGUGGAGGGUUUUCGCGGUGUGCACGCCGGACCUGAGCGCCGAUUCGGUCAGUCACUUUUUCCUCUUCAACCCUUUCCUUCCCCGGCUUCCCGACAUUCUGGUGACUCAGCUUGUUGAUCCGCGAAACAAACACCCCAUGUUGACGUCGACAGCUCCUUCAGAUUGACGAUAAACAAACCUGAUCGACCCCUUCCCCAGCAAAACGAACCUGCCCGGGUCGCCAACCCACAGCUAGAGAUGGCCUCCCGCUGCCUCUUCGCUCCCUCCAAGAGGAUAGCGACGCAGGCCCGUGCCGGCCUCCUGGCGCAAACCGCCGUCAGGCACAGCUCCGGCAAGAGCUCCUCCACCUCGGCCAUUGCCUACAAAGCCAACCGUCGCCGGCAGGCACCCCUCCCCAUCAGCGACCAGCCCCCCUCAUGGUCAGCCCAAGCAGCCGUGUCCAACAUCCUCUAUGAGACCCCCACCCCCUCCGUCGCCCCUCCGAAGCGCCAUGUCCUCAACUGCCUCGUCCAAAACGAGCCCGGCGUCCUCUCCCGCGUUUCCGGCAUUCUUGCCGCCCGCGGCUUCAACAUCGACUCCCUCGUCGUCUGCAACACCGAAGUAGAGGACCUCUCCCGCAUGACCAUCGUGCUUACCGGGCAAGACGGCGUCGUCGAGCAGGCCCGUCGCCAACUCGAGGAUCUCGUCCCCGUAUGGGCCGUUCUGGACUACACAAACUCUGCUCUCGUCCAGCGCGAGCUUCUCCUCGCCAAGAUCAACAUUCUUGGUCCCGAGUACUUUGAGGAGCUCCUCGCCCACCACAGGGAGAUCACGGCUCCUGCUGAGGCUGCCGAGGCGGCCCCUGCUGCUUCUGAGCCUAGCUUGGAGGAGGUGUCGCAGGACUUCCACCCUAGCAGGCUGGUUGUCAGCGAGGCUCUGCGUCACAAGCAUGAGCAUCUCAAGAAUAUCACUUAUUUUGCUCAUCAGUUUGGCGGAAAGGUUCUCGAUAUUAGCACUAACAGCUGCAUUGUUGAGAUUUCCGCUAAGCCCGAGAGAAUCGACUCCUUCCUCAAGCUCAUCGCUCCCUUUGGCAUUCUCGAGUCCGCCCGCACCGGUCUGAUGGCCCUGCCUAGAUCACCUCUCUACGGUCCUGAUGAGCAGGAUCAGCACGUCAAGGACGCUGACGAGGUUGUCGAUGCCAGCACCCUCCCCCCUGGUUAAAACAACCUUGGUAGUAAUAAUGAAAUGGAACGAUUUGCUUUGAUUCUGAGUGUUCUGGGAGAGCUACAAAAAGUGUUUACGCGGGUGUUUUCAUUGUGAGGCGUGUGGGUGGAACGGCGUAGAACCGAAUCUAAAGAGGAAAUUGAUACCGAAUCUGAAUUGCCCAGAUUAUUUUG